AUGGGCCAAUCGGACAAAAAACCUACCACAACCACCACCACAACCAUCAACCCGCCCAGCUUUUCCCGCCUCGAGUCCCUCCCCGUGGAAAUCCUGCAGUUGAUCUUCCUGCAUAGCCUAGAGCUCAACUUUCCGCGCACCUCGCCGUCUAUCAGCCGCGCGCUCUCGAGUAACCUCCUCUACACAUGGCUCAUCCGACUAGCCUUUAGCAGCGCCAACCCGGGCUCGGCGGAGGGAUUCUUCACCCCGGAGUUUCUGCCCUACCCGCUUGAUUUCUGGGGCCUGGCGUGGGAGCAGCGCCAGGUGCUGCAGACGGGCCUGCUGGCUUGUCGGUGGUGCACGCUGUCUUUUCUUCGAAAGUGUCAACGGGAGUACGUGGCACAUGUUAUCAAGCAGAAAUGCGCGAAUCUGGUUUUUCGUCCGGAUGACUGGGCCCUGCUCUCGAACCUGGACUCGCGCUUCGCAGACCUGACCAACGCUGAUCGGGCAGCUGACGGCGGCCGGCGCGGCAAAGGCGACCUAAUCAUCCCCGCACACCUGGGCUCGAAUGAGAAUGCCACCAACACCUCUUCUUCAUCCCGCAACGCAGACCGCAAACUCGCAAUCUGGUUCCACUUCGGCGCCGUACAAAUCCGCAAACCCCACGAAGUAUACUACGAAAACGACCUCUUUCGCCUCCCUUGCUCCUUCGUAAUCGCCCCGGGCCGAAUCCCUGACAAACUGCUCCAUGCGCCGUGGUCAGAGACCCAGUUCGAGUUCCUGCAGCUCCUCUCGACGGACUUCUACCUGGACGAAGAUCAGGUACGCGCGGAACGCUCGGCGGAUAUCAUGCACCGGCUCAUCCGCAAGCGACAGAUUGAGCCCUUUCGGCGGCUGCUGCGUAUGUCGUUUCGGUCCGCGAAUUGUCGCGUUCCGGCGCGGUGGCCGUUGAGCGUGGAGCUUUGUGCGCUUGUUAGGCGCUGUAGUACUGGCGCUGGGGAUCCGUUUCCGUUGGCUAUUCUGGAUGAGCGGUGGGAAGAUAUUCCGAUGGAGGCGAGGCGGGAUUUGCUUAUGUUUAUUGAGGCGGAGGAGAGUUGA